UUGAUGGUUAAUAGAAUAGAAUAGAAUGGUGGAUUACAUUAUGCAAACAGGAAUAAUUGUAUUUAUAUUUUACAUCAUUAAAUAUGAUAUGUACAGGUACAGCCAAUUCCAAUACCCCGGCCGUUAUUAAAAAAAAGUAAAAAAUAAAAGUAAAAUAAUUUUCUUUUUUGAGAGGUAUUAUUAAUUCGAGUCCUCAAGUCCCGUUCCGACCUCGUCCAUAGACUCCCAUAGUCGUCCGUCCUCGUAGAUAAAGAUAAAAAUAGACCCUCCAGCAGUUUGGAGUGAAGGAGGAGAGAGAGAGAGAAUGUGGUGGUCGUCGUGGUCGUCGGACGAAGCGGUGUUCUCGGGUGCGCUGCUGACGAUGUACGUGGGGGCGGCGCUGACGGUGCUGUCGCUCCAGUUCGCGGCGGCCCCGUACGGGCGGCACGUGGGCCCGGUCGCGGUGGCGUGGUCGGUGAUGGAGAGCCCGACGCUGUGGCUCUUCUGGCUGGUGUUCCCCCUGGGCCGGCAGCGGUCCCACCCGAUCGCCCUGGCCGCCGCCGCCCUCUUCCUGGUCCACUACACCCACCGCACCCUCGUCUACCCGCUCCGCCUCCUCCGCUCCUCCUCCCGGCCCAAGCCCGUCCCGCUCCUCGUCGCCGCCCUCGCCUUCGCCUUCAACCUCCUCAACGCCUACCUCCAGGCCCGAUCCGCCUCCCACUACGCCCGCUACCCCUACCCCUACCCCUACCCCGGCCGGGCGGCGUGGCUCCGCGUCGCCCUCGGCGCCGCCCUCUUCGCCUGGGGGAUGCGGCUGAACGUCGCCUCCGACCGGGCGCUGCUGCGGCUCAAGGAGGAGGCGCGCGGCGGCUACAAGGUGCCCCGGGGGGGCUGGUUCGACCUGGUGGCGUGCCCCAACUACAUGGGCGAGGCGGCGGAGUGGCUCGGCUGGGCGAUCGUCGCCUGGUCCCCCGCCGCCCUAGCCUUCUUCCUCUACACCUGCGCCAACCUCGGGCCCAGGGCCAGGGCGCACCGCCGCUGGUACCGCCUCAAGUUCGGCGACGACUUCCCCGCCGCUAGGAAGGCCUUCAUCCCCUUCAUCUACUAAACUACAUUUUCCCUUUCCUUGCUAUUGUUAUUAUCGAAGGUGUCAAAUUUCGCCAUCUCAAUUUCAGUCCGCUACCAGAGUUUGAAUCGUAAUAGAGAAAGGUCUAACAAUGGUGCCAAAUUUCAUCUUCCCACAAAGGUAGUAAACUAAUAAAAGAGAACAAUAUUUGCUACA